AUGACUGCCCUCACGCUCCAAACAGCCAUCAAUGGCGAGCCCGGGUCCACGGCGGUCAUUGUGCCAUCCAAGCCAAAGGCCCUCACCGUUACAUACUCGUCCCUCGCCUCCCAGGUCACGCGAUUCCAGAAACAGCUGGCUGGUCUGGGCGUCACCCGUGCCGUCCCCGUAUCCAUGGCCCUCGUCAACUCAUGGGAGUUUAUCGUCGCCUUCCUAGCUGCCUCGUGGCAGCGUGCCAUCGCCGCCCCCCUCAACCCGGCCUACAAGCAGGACGAAUUCGAGUUCUACAUCGAGGAUGUCGACAGUGCCAUCGUCCUGGUGCCCCGCGGUGCGUGGGCCGCCGAUGCGCCCAGCGUCAAGGCCGCCCGCAAGUUUAACGCUGCCGUGGCCGAGUGCUACUGGGAUGAGGCCAAGGGGGAGGUUGCCCUCGAUGUCAAACACUUGGGCAAGCUUGCGGGUAAGAAGGAGAAUGUCCUCCAGGCCCAGCCCGACGAUGUCGCUCUGAUUCUGCACACGAGUGGCACGACAUCGCGUCCCAAGGUUGUCCCUCUCACACACCGAAACCUCACACGAACCAUGGACAACAUAAAGAAGACAUACCAGCUUACGGCUGCCGAUCGUACAAUGCUCGUCAUGCCCCUCUUCCACGUACACGGCCUUCUUUGCGGCCUCCUGGCGCCUCUAUACACUGGCGGCUCCAUGGUUGUCCCCGCCAAGUUCUCGGCCUCGGACUUCUGGCAGGACUUUGGCGCGCACAAGGCCAACUGGUACACGGCCGUGCCUACAAUCCAUCAGAUCUUGCUCAAGAACCCUCCACCUGAGCCCAAGCCUUCGAUCCGCUUCAUCCGCUCGUGCUCCAGCCCGCUUCCUCCCACUGUCUUCCACGAGCUGGAGAAGACGUACAAUGCCCCCGUGCUCGAGGCCUACGCCAUGACCGAAGCCUCCCACCAGAUGACAUCCAACCCCCUGCCUCCUGGCCAGCGCAAGCCUGGAAGCGUGGGUAUCGGGCAGGGUGUCGAGGUGCGCAUUCUCAACGAAGCCGGCACCGAGCUCGCCCGCGGCACAGAGGGUGAGAUAUGCGUGCGCGGCGAGAACGUCACGUCAGGCUACCUCAACAAUGACGCGGCCAAUGCCUCCUCCUUUACACCGGAAGGCUUCUUCCGCACGGGCGACCAGGGACGCCUCGACGAGGACGGCUACGUGAUCAUCACGGGCCGCAUCAAGGAGCUCAUCAACAAGGGCGGCGAGAAGAUCAGCCCGAUCGAACUGGACAAUGUCCUCUCGCGCCACCCGGGUGUGGCCGAGGCAGUCAGCUUCGCCAUCCCCGACGACAUGUACGGCCAGGACAUUGGCGUGGCCGUCGUCCCCAAGGCAGGAGGGGAUCGCGUCACGGCCGACGAGCUCAAGGGCUGGGUGGCCGAGAAGCUGGUCAAGUUCAAGGUGCCCAAGAAGGUCUACUUUACCGAUGUCAUGCCCAAGACGGCGACGGGUAAGGUUCAAAGACGUAUAGUUGCCGAGACCAUGUCCAAGAGCGAAACGCCCAAGGCGAAGCUGUAG